AUGUCGAAGCUACGGCGCCUUCUACCAGCACCCAGCAGCGCCACGGAUUCGGCAGUCAUCAAGUUGUCCCCUUCCGACGAACCCAAGUCAUCUCAAUCGCAGGCCAUGGGCGAAACGGAAGCGAAUGUUUCGGCCUGUUACGCCAACGUCUUGGAGUAUCCUGAAAUACUCAACACAAUGAUCGGUGAAUACACACAUCAAAGCGGUACUAGUACGGGUCAAUCACAGUCCGAAUGCUACACAUCUGGAGAUACGCCUACUGCCGCGCUAUCGUAUCCACUGGCUACUCAUGAUCGAAUAUGCUAUAAAAACGAACCGGAUGUCGAGUUUCAACUAUCGGAAACAGAAAAUCGAACGGCUGGUUUUACCAGAAAGCGGGCUUACGAGCAUCUGCUGUUGAACCCCGCCGAGAGACUGGUACCGCAACCGAAGAUGCAAAGACUCUUCUUCGACGCUGAAGGGAGCAGCGAAGGUAUACGGAGUUGUCAAUUGGCUCAGGGUGCCUUAACUUACACUGGCCACAACGUUGACAGCCGCCGCCCAACACAUUCCACGAUACCCGACUUCCAGCUUCUCGACUACUAUUCCAAUCUGGUCGAUACCAACCCUUACCAGCUUUCCGCACCCGAUGAUCUCAACGGCGAAUACAUUAAUCCUCGUACGGCAUUUAGACAGGUACUACCUUACGCGCAACUUGACACUUCAUCCUCCGACAUGUAUGAUGCACUUCCAUCGACGCCCGGUUCCGUCGACGUGCAUGGCACCUGUGCGCGGCCGCUCGAAAGCCAGAGGACGACCACCCUUCCGAUCAGCAAUGAUUUAUGCGUGGACUUUGGAAAUUAUUUAGUUCCUACGAACUCUAACGAUCGCUACCUGAUAUCUUCACCCCAGAAUAGGGUCGGAGACGAGUCGAUUCCUAGCCCGGAACUGACGCUGGUAGGACCCCCGGAAAUUCACGAAAACAAUCCCACGGAUAGCACCAUGUUAGACCGCCAUGGAGACCUAGCACAUCGGAUGGGCCAUCCUCUGUACGAGCAUCAGACAAUAGCGCUUGGCUGGAUGCAGCAGCAGGAGGCCGACGAAACGAAGAAAGGGGGGAUUCUAGCCGACGCCAUGGGCCUUGGAAAGACGAUCACCACUCUGGCAUUAAUCAUGACACGACCGCCGAUGGCUUUAUGCAAUAGCUUUCCAGCGCCCACGUUAGUCGUGGCACCAACAGCCUUACUUGAUCAGUGGGAAUCUGAAGCGGCUGACAAGGUCAUGAUUCAAUACCGACUAAAGAUUUUGAAUGCGCAUCGGCAUAAGUGUACUUAUGACGAGCUUCGAUCGUGUGACCUCGUUCUCACAAGUUACGGAAAAUUACGCAACGAAAUGUACGCCCUUGAUCAACAUUUGAAGGUGAGGAGUGUGGAGUGUGGAGAGCAAUUGAGCGACGACCUGGGCGACAGGUUCCCUUUCAUGGCACCACAAUCGCUUUUCUACCGCAUUAUUCUUGACGAGGCCCAAGUCGUGAAGAAUGCGAAGACUGACGUGGCCCGGGCGGUCCGUAAGAUCCGCGCAGAGUAUCGUUGGUGCCUCACCGCUACUCCUAUGAUGAACUCGGUGAACGAACUGGCUGCUCUACUCCAAUUCCUACGGAUCGAGCCAUAUGGCAACCCCCAGGGUGUUGAUGAACUAUUUGGCACUCUGCAUGGCAGGCAGCAACGUGUGCGGACAAGCGAUGCGCCAAUACCACAACUUGGGGCAUUGCUUCAGACCAUCAUGCUCCGUCGAACACAACACUCGACGAUACGAGGCCAGCCGAUCCUGAAUCUCCCGAGAAAGUUCGAAUGGGUAGAUUCUGUCGUACUCAGCGGCCGCGAGAGGGACUGCUACCAGCAUGCAGAGACGCAAAUGCGGCUUCAGGUGUCGGGACUCAUUGCGCAAGGACUGACGAGAAGACGUUACGCAGCCAGUCUUGGUAUGCUUAUGCGCCUGAGCCAGGCAUGCUGCUAUCCUAACACAGACACGUUCGAACAACAUGGCGGGGCCGACAAGCAUCUUCCUAACCUCGAGACGUUGCGGAAGCAUGCUGCUCACAACACGGACGCACGCCAGCAAUACAUGAAGCACCUCCGCACCAUCUCGUCCGACUCGGCCAAAAUCGCAAAGUGUAUCGAGAUCCUAAGGUCUACGACUGGCAACGUUCUGGUCUUCUCGCAAUGGACCUUUCUGCUGGAUCUACUGGAAGCUGAGAUCUCCCGAGAACGCAUCGAUUUCUGCCGUUACGAUGGCGCUAUGAAGCCCCACCAGCGAAGCAAUACGGUCGCUAGUUUCACAAAUGGUAACGGAAUCAAGGUGAUGCUCAUAUCGCUUCAUGCCGGGAACUGUGGCUUGAAUCUCAGUGCUGCAUCUCAUGUCAUUCUCAUGGACCCGUGCUGGAACCCGUUCGUGGAGGACCAAGCCAUUGGCCGGGCACAUCGCAUUGGCCAAACGCAGGAAGUGCACGUGCAUCGAAUAUUGGCUGAGGGAACAGUUGAGGAUCGCAUUAUCGAGUUUCAGCGACGAAAGCGGGCGCAGGUCAAUGUUGUGUUGGGCGAUUCGGCGGCUCAAUCCACGGGAGAACUCAGCACCGAUGAUCUUGCUUUUUUAUGUGGCUUCGUAGGAGAGAAGGGGGUUCAUGAAUUCGAAGAUGGUGCAAUCGCUGACUAG